AUGACCCUGUCCUCACAGCCUGGCUCCGCAGAGAAGGCCAUUCGGAAACUGGAAAUAGCCCAGGCAAGAAUACCUCAAAAAAAACAUCAAACCUCGAGAGCCUCAGAAUGGAAGUGGAUCAACCGAUUGGGCCUGGCCAAGCUCAAGUACCAGCAUGGCCGACUUCAUGGGUUGAUGCCGACGCAGGACAGCAGUGACAAGCCCUCCGACUCCUCCUCUGACUUCUCUCGCAGCCGGUGCGAGACACCCAUGACCUCCCCUCCCCUCCGAGCCGCAGCAUAUUCCAAAGAGCCGCCUCGAUCAGCCCGCAACAAGCAUGCCGUCACCUUCAAUUCCCACAUUAUGCAGCCUAUGCUCUCGGCCAGCCGCAAGCGUGUCCGGCCUGAUUCUGAUACCGAGCGUCCGGCCAAGGCUGCUCGACUGUCGUGGAAGAGCUCUCACCAAUUGCCUGCGUCCUCACCGGCCCUCAAUUGCCAUAUGACAACUCGCCGGCACCCUUGCCCGUUCAUGUCCGAUACCACAAUCCCCGAGCUAUCUUCUCCUAUAUAUCAAGCCCUAUCUGAUGAGGAGAACAACCCGGAUCUGCCUAUACAUAGCUUCCGGCAUGUGAGCUCCAUGUGGGGAUCCUCGCCGCCUUGUACUCCGCCUCCCAAGCAUGCCCAUCUGGCCCGGAGUGAACAGCACGAAGAUCGCGCAGACCUGCUCAUGUACCUGGCCAAGUCGCCUACCCCGGCUCGCGUGGUAGGCGGUUCGCACCAUGCGUUCCCACCGUCCACUCCCCCCACCCAGCAUGCAGUCCUUCCCACGUUCACUCCCAACUUGGGUACGCCGGAUCAGCAGUUCAACUUUGCUGAUUUCGUGAAUGUGACCCCUAGACCUGCUCAGCCUGCUUGGGGCGGCCGUACACCUGGCAACCCAGAUCGCACCCCUCUUUCUACCAAGGAUGCCCACAAGCGAUUGAACUUUGAUGCACUUGUUCCACCCAGUACCUCAAGUCCUCGCCUCCGAGCGAAGGAGACUGGGCUGGCUCUGCAACUGGGCCGCGAGCCACGGCGUUGA